AUGACUUCUCAAGGACGACCAACGCAGAAUCGUGGCAUCUUCCACAGUCUGCCAACAUUCGAUGAAUCUAUCAAAGGCAAGACGGCCAUCGUCACAGGCGCAAAUGGAAUCUCAGGCUUUCAUACCAUGCGAGCGUUGCUCGAUAGUCCCGAACGCUGGACCAAAGUCUGGGCAGCAAGCCGUCGACCGCCUCCACCUGAGAUGAUGGAACUGCUACCGAAAGAGGCUCGCUCCCGAGUCGAGCAUGUGGCCUGUGACUUCUUGUCAAGUCCAGAGGACAUCGCUCAGCAGCUGCAAGAUAAAGGUGUCACAGCAGACUAUGUGUUCUUCUACUCUUACGCACAGCCAACGCCGAAAGAGGGUGCUCCAGUUUGGACAUCUUUGCUUCGAAACUUCCUUGGUGCUCUUGAGAUCAGCAAGAUCACGCCAAAGCGAUUUCUGCUGCAGACUGGUGCCAAGAAUUACAACGUUCAUCAAGGACCUGCCCGCACUCCGCAUGUGGAAUCUGACCCAAGGAGCAAUGUAGCGCCAAAUUUCUACUAUCCUCAAGAAGAUCUCUUAUUCGAGUACUGUAAGAACAACAGCACCCAAUGGAAUAUUAUCUGCCCAGCUUGGGUCAUCGGUGCAGUCAAUAAUGCUGCAAUGAACGCCUUGCACCCCAUCGCUAUCUAUGCAGCAGUGCAAGCUCACAAAGGCGAGAAGAUGGAAUAUCCAGGCGCACUGGUCAACUGGCUUGCGCCUGUCGAGCACAGUACCGCGUAUCUGACUGGCUACCUGUCAGAAUGGGCCGUCCUGGAAGAAAGAUGUGCCAAUCAGAAAUUCAACGCUAGUGACACCUGCCCAAUCCCGAACAAUCGCUUGUGGCCCGAAGUCGCCCGCUGGUACGGCACAACGUCCGUCGAUCGACCAGAACUUGAUGAGAGCAAAGUCACGACACUUGACCUUGGACAAACAGAAGUACCACUCGGCUAUGGGCCCGGGGCUAAGGUGUCUUUCGCCUGGACGCUUCAAGAAUGGGCGACAAGACCCGAGAACCAACAAGCUUGGAAGGAAAUCAUGGAGAAACACAACGUUAAGCACAAUCCUUUCGAGGACGUCAAAGCCCAUUUUGAGUGUGGUGAGAUGGUAGUCUGGUCCAUUGCGGGUUUCUUGAGCAUGAACAAGGCAAGGUACUUUGGCUGGACUGGACAUGUGGAUACUUUGGAGAGCUUGUUCAUGGCCUACAGCGAGCUGAACAAGAUCGGAAUGCUACCGCCACCAGUUGUUGAGAAGGCAAAUCCGCUGAUCUAGAAACAAAAAAAAUCCCGCGACAGACAGCAGAUAUGCCAUCUCAUUUCCUAUCAGCCCGAGGUCCAAUUUCUCCGCCCUCUGCCAUCACAAGCUCUUUCGAAAAUACUG